GCAGGAGCUUCCCAGGUCAUCUUCACUAACCCACUGGAGAUUGUAAAGAUUCGGCUGCAGGUAGCAGGAGAAAUUACCACAGGACCCAGAGUCAGUGCCCUCUCUGUUAUAAAGGAUUUAGGCCUUCUUGGUCUGUAUAAGGGUGCCAAAGCAUGUUUCCUCCGAGACAUUCCCUUUUCUGCAAUCUACUUCCCUGUUUAUGCUCACAGUAAACUGAUGCUUGCUGAUGAACAUGGCCAUGUGGGAGGGCUUAAUCUCCUUGCAGCUGGAGCCAUCGCAGGUGUGCCUGCUGCUUCCUUGGUAACCCCUGCUGAUGUCAUCAAGACAAGACUGCAAGUGGCAGCUCGCGCCGGGCAGACAACAUACAGCGGAGUUAUUGACUGCUUUGGCAAGAUCUUGAGGGAAGAAGGCCCGUCGGCUUUUUGGAAAGGAGCUGGAGCCCGUGUGUUCAGAUCUUCACCCCAGUUUGGUGUCACUCUGGUCACUUACGAACUUCUGCAGCGAUGGUUUUAUGUCGAUUUUGGAGGCCUCAAACCUUCUGGAUCAGAACCUACACCAAAAACUCGCAUUUCAGACCUUCCUCCUGUUAACCCCGAGCACAUAGGUGGAUACAGGCUUGCUACAGCUACGUUUGCCGGUAUAGAAAACAAAUUUGGUUUGUAUCUUCCAAAGUUUCGGUCUUCCGGCAUCACCUCAGCUCAGGCAAAAAGCAGCAGCUGAAUCCCGAGAAGGUUUUCCAGCCAACAGAGCGAUGCUGUGCAAGUUCACACGAGUAGUACUGUAUUUUUUCCAGUCAGCUGCAUGUUGUUCUGGCUGAACUGAGCUUGCAAACCCAAUUACUCCUUUCCAAUAGUAACACGUACCUGCAUUUAUUUGUU